CCCAGGCUCCACGCCUCCCGGAGAGGCACCGGCGGGCGGCGCUCCUUUUGUGUGUUUCUCUCCAAGGUGCAAGGACCCCCACCCCCUGCCUCUCCAGGCAGUCCUCCCCCAAACCCUAGCCCUCUUCUCGGCAUCCUGAUCCUCCUGCCAGCUGGGGGGAUUGGAUCGUUCCUAGGAGGAGGGACAAGGUCGGCAGCCCCUUCCCCGGUGCGGGGGACCUGAGCCCACUGGAGUCCAGGAGCGCUGCUGCCAGUCAUGUGGGCUGGACUGUUGCUCCGUGUUGCCUGCAUCGUGAUCCUGUUGCUGGGGUCUUCAGCCCGAGGCUACACCGGGAGGAAGGCGCCCGGGCACUACUCGGCAGAGAGACGUCGUCUGGGCCCCCAUGUCUGCCUUUCCGGCUUUGGGAGUGGCUGCUGCCCUGGCUGGGCCCCUUCCAUGGGCAGUGGGCACUGUACCCUACCCCUCUGCUCCUUUGGCUGUGGGAGUGGCAUCUGCAUCGCCCCCAAUGUCUGUUCCUGCCAGGAUGGAGAGCAAGGGGCCACUUGCCCAGAAGCCCAUGGAUCCUGCGGGGAGUAUGGCUGUGAUCUCACCUGUAACCACGGUGGCUGUCAGGAGGUAGCCCGAGUGUGCCCUGUGGGCUUCUUGAUGACUGAGACAGCUGUUGGUAUCAGGUGUGCAGACAUUGACGAGUGUUUAAGCUCAUCUUGUGAGGGCCACUGUGUGAACACGGAAGGUGGUUUCGUGUGCGAGUGUGGGCCAGGCAUGCAGCUGUCCGCUGAUCGUCAUAGCUGCCAAGACACCGAUGAGUGCCUGGGAACUCCCUGCCAGCAGAGAUGUAAGAACAGCAUUGGCAGUUAUAAAUGCUCCUGCCGCGCCGGCUUCCACCUCCACGGCAACAGGCACUCCUGUGUAGAUGUGAACGAGUGUCGGCGACCGCAUGAGAGGCGAGCCUGUCACCACGCCUGCCAUAACACAGUGGGCAGCUUCCUGUGCAGUUGCAGACCCGGCUUCAGGCUUCGAGCUGACCGUGUGUCCUGUGAAGCUUUCCCGAAGGCCGUUCUGGCUCCAUCUGCCAUCCUGCAGCCCCGGCAGCACCCUGCUAAGAUGUCCCUGCUCCUUCCGGAGGCAGGCCGGCCUGCCUUGUCCCCAGGACACAGCCCUCCCCCAGGGGCCCCAGGAUACCCCACUGGAGUCAGAACAACCCAUCAGCCAUCUACCACCCUGGCCCUACCCACAUUCUUUCCCACACAGUUGCUAUCCACCCCAGGGCCAAGUUCUUCCCUCCCGGGGACCCUCGGACCCCCCUCACUCCUCCAGGGGGAGGCAGUAGGGACCCCUUCCUUACCCAGGGGCCCGGAAGGCACAAGUCUGGGAACAGGGCUCUCUUCCUGCCGGCACCAGGGAGCCACAUAUGAAUCGGGGAGCCGCUGGAGCCAACCUGGCUGUUCUCAGUGCUUGUGCCAGGAUGGAGAGGUGACCUGUGGAAAAGUGAGAUGCAACACCACCUGUUCCCAUCCGAUCCCCCCCAGAGAUGGGGGAUGCUGCCCCUCUUGCACUGGCUGCUUUCACAGUGGUGCCAUCCGGGAAGAAGGGGAAGUGUUUUCACCUCCGGAGGAGAACUGCACUGUGUGUGUCUGCCUGGCUGGAAACGUGUCUUGUAUCUCCCCGGAGUGUCCCCCUGGUCCCUGCAAGACUCCCCCACAGUCAGAUUGCUGUACUUGUGUCCCAGGGAGAUGCUAUUUCCACGGCCGAUGGUAUACGGACGGGGCUGUGUUCAGUGGAGGUGGUGAUGACUGUACUACCUGUGUCUGCCAGAACGGGGAGGUAGAGUGCUCCUUUACACCGUGUCCAGAACUGGAGUGCCCUCGGGAGGAGUGGUGGCUGGGCCCAGGACAGUGCUGCUUUACCUGUUGGGAGCCUCCACCCACCACAGGCUGCUCUCUAGAUGACAACGGGGUUGAGUUUCCAAUUGGACAGAUCUGGUCGCCGGGUGAUCCCUGUGAGUUAUGCAUCUGCCAGGCAAACGGCUCUGUGAGCUGCCACAGGACAGACUGCGUGGACUCGUGCCCUCACCCCAUCCGGAUUCCUGGACAGUGCUGUCCUGACUGUUCAGCAGGCUGCACCUACACAGGUAGAAUCUUCUACAACAACGAGACCUUCCCAUCAGUGCUGGACCCCUGUCUGAGCUGCAUCUGUCUGCUGGGCUCGGUGGCCUGUUCACCUGUGGACUGUCCCAUCACCUGUACCUACCCCUUCCACCCGGAUGGCGAGUGCUGCCCUGUGUGCCAUGACUGUAACUUUGAAGGGAGAAAGGUAGUGAAUGGUCAGGUGUUCACCUUGGAUGACGAGCCCUGUACCCGGUGCAUCUGCCAGCUGGGAGAGGUGAGCUGUGAAAAGGUCCCUUGCCAGCCGGUCUGUACUGAUCCCUCCUGCCUAGAUGGAGUCGUAGAGCCUGGGGGAAGAAAGUUUCUAAUUGGCGAUUCCCUCUUUCCUCCAAGAGAAAGGCAGCAACCCUCCCCUCAUGGAGACCUUGGCAAAGAUGCUCGGAGCCUCCGUGGAGACACUGGAGUCCCUGCCAACUGUAGCUCCUGCCCAGGGCCCCCAUCAGCAUCACCUGCAAGGCCCACAUUCCAGCUCCUGCAGCUGCUUUUGAGAGCAAACCUGUCCGAUGUGCAGACUGUAUUCCCAGGCCCACCAGGAGCCCACACCUCCUCCUCACCUCCGCUGGAGUCAGAGGGUACAUUUCUAGGGGAACCUGGGGCCUCUCAGCCUCCUGAGCCCUCAGCAGGGUCUCCGGUCUCUCCUGGGUCCUCUACUCUACCUCCAGUCUUUCCAGGGACUCGUUGGUCACCUGCCACUCCAGAGAGCUCUUCCUCAACCUUUGGGGCAGCAUUCCGGUGGCCUCUGUCUGCCACAGACUUGACUGAGGCAGAAGUACCUUCGACGACGACGACGACGACCGGUCCUGACCUCUCAGAGACCCUCAGCACACCCUUGAAGCCUCAAAGACUAUCUGCAGCUCUCCUGGACACCCCCAACCCUGGUCCCCAACAGCCCACAACAGACAUCUCAAAGAAGGAAGAGUCUACCAUCUGAGUGGAUCACCAUGCCUGGGACAUACCAGACAGAGCUCUCUGCCAGUGACCUAGUAGGUGUGUGUGACCCCAGGGGUGACCCAGUGGGGGUCUCAGAGAAGACCUUGGAGUAAGAUGGUCUGUCAAGGAGAGAGGCAGUGGAAGAAACAGCCGAAGCAUCCCUUGACUCUGGACUUCUAGCCUCCAGAAUUGUGAGGACCUAAGUUUCUGUUUAGCCUCCAUCCUUGACUGUGGUAUUGGUUACAGUGGCCCCGGUACAGUACGUCGGCACUGCCCACUCUCGCUUGGGCAGAGCCGUGCCCGGCGUGAUCCUGUCGCCGCGCACUCUUGAAUGUUUUGGGGGUGUCUAUAAUCUCUGUCAUUAUGCUUUGUUUUCAACACUGAUUUCAUGUAACGUUCAUUUCGAGAUGUGUUCAGAACAUGUGUUAUGUCCCCAUUUCUAUUUUAAACACUGAGCUGCUAAA